AUGCUGCAGAUCUGGAUCGUAAUCGAGGCUGUUCACCGCCAGAUGGUGGGCGUUGUGCGUCCACUUCCAUCACGCGAUGCUGAUCCCCGUGAGGCAGUUGCCGGCGAGGAGCUGGGCAAGACGCCGUAUACCACCAGCGAGAACAGGGCCGCCACGAUGGCGAGGGCCAAGACGGCGACAUGCCCUUUCUCUUCAUAUGUUCAUUUUCAUUUGUGA